CGGCCGGCGUCUGUGGAUCCCGGCCGGGAGGUUGGGGGGAAGGGCUGGACGGUUGGGCCCGGCGGGGAGCUCAGCCCCGGGCCGUUAGUGUGAGCGUUUGGGGGAGAGGAGGGCCUCCGUUGCUAUGAGCAGCUGUGAACAGAGGACACGAUGAGCAACUCGCGGAACAACCGUGUGAUGAUGGAGGGGGUCGGGGCGCGGGUGGUGCGAGGCCCCGACUGGAAGUGGGGCAAACAGGACGGCGGCGAGGGCCACGUGGGCACCGUGCGCAGCUUCGAGAGCCCGGAGGAGGUGGUGGUGGUCUGGGACAACGGCACGGCAGCCAACUACCGCUGCUCCGGGGCCUACGACCUGCGCAUCCUGGACAGCGCGCCCACAGGGAUCAAGCAUGAUGGAACAAUGUGUGAUACAUGCCGACAGCAACCAAUUAUUGGCAUUCGCUGGAAAUGUGCAGAGUGUACAAAUUAUGACCUUUGUACUGUUUGCUACCAUGGAGACAAGCAUCAUCUGAGGCACAGAUUCUACAGAAUUACCAUUCCAGGAAGUGAGAGGGUUUUGCUUGAAUCACGGCGCAAGUCAAAGAAGAUAACAGCAAGAGGGAUCUGUGCUGGUGCACGAGUGGUUCGCGGAGUGGACUGGCAGUGGGAGGACCAAGAUGGAGGCAAUGGUCGGAGAGGAAAGGUGACUGAAAUCCAGGAUUGGAGUGCAUCCAGCCCUCACAGUGCAGCAUAUGUUUUGUGGGACAAUGGAGCCAAAAACCUUUACAGAGUGGGGUUUGAAGGCAUGUCUGACUUGAAAUGUGUCCAGGAUGCAAAAGGAGGUUCCUUUUACAGAGAUCAUUGUCCUGUGCUGGGUGAACAAAAUGGGAGUCGGAACCCUGGCGGUCUACAGAUUGGUGAUCUUGUAAAUAUCGAUUUGGAUUUAGAGAUUGUCCAGUCAUUGCAACAUGGGCACGGUGGUUGGACUGAUGGUAUGUUUGAGACACUGACCACCACUGGCACUGUCUGUGGCAUUGAUGAAGACCAUGAUAUUGUCGUGCAAUAUCCAAGUGGAAACAGGUGGACAUUCAAUCCUGCAGUCCUCACAAAGGCCAAUGUGGUUCGUAGCGGAGAUGCGGCUCAGGGUGCAGAAGGUGGAGCCUCACAGUUUCAUGUUGGUGACCUGGUUCAGAUCUGCUAUGAUUUGGAGCGAAUCAAGCUGCUUCAGCGUGGCCAUGGGGAGUGGGCUGAAGCUAUGCUGCCAACUUUGGGGAAAGUUGGACGUGUACAGCAGAUUUACUCUGACAGUGACCUGAAAGUUGAAGUUUGUGGGACAUCCUGGACAUACAAUCCAGCGGCGGUCACCAAGGUGGCAUCAGCUGGAUCUGCUGUGAGCAAUGCAUCUGGUGAACGUCUUUCUCAGCUUCUGAAAAAACUGUUUGAGACUCAAGAGUCAGGUGACAUCAAUGAGGAACUUGUUAAAGCUGCAGCUAAUGGUGAUGUUGCCAAAGUGGAAGAAAUAUUGGCACGACCAGAUGUUGAUGUGAAUGGCCAGUGUGCAGGACACACCGCGAUGCAAGCAGCCAGUCAAAAUGGACAUGUGGAUGUUCUGAAGCUCCUUCUUAAACAAAGUGUUGAUUUGGAAGCUGAGGAUAAAGAUGGCGACAGAGCUGUUCACCAUGCAUCAUUUGGAGAUGAAGGGUCUGUUAUUGAUGUUUUACACAGAGGAGGAGCCGAUCUGAAUGCUCGUAACAAACGCAGGCAGACUCCAUUGCACAUUGCCGUAAAUAAGGGACAUUUGCAAGUUGUUAAGACUUUGCUGGAUCUUGGGUGCCAUCCCAGUCUUCAGGAUUCGGAAGGUGAUACACCUCUUCAUGAUGCAAUAAGCAAAAAGCGGGAUGAUAUGCUCUCUGUGCUAUUGGAAUCUGGUGCUGAUGUAACGAUCACCAACAACAAUGGUUUUAAUGCUCUUCAUCACGCUGCACUGAGAGGAAACCCCAGUGCCAUGCGAGUGUUGCUUUCUAAACUCCCAAGACCAUGGAUUGUGGAUGAGAAGAAGGACGAUGGCUACACUGCACUACAUUUAGCAGCACUGAACAAUCAUGUCGAAGUAGCAGAAUUAUUGGUGCACCAGGGCAGUGCUAACCUGGAUAUCCAGAAUGUAAAUCAGCAAACUGCACUCCAUCUAGCUGUUGAACGUCAGCACACCCAAAUUGUGCGGCUCCUGGUUCGUGCUGGUGCAAAGCUGGACAUCCAGGAUAAGGAUGGAGACACACCACUCCAUGAAGCCCUGAGACACCAUACUCUAUCUCAGCUCCGCCAGCUCCAAGAUAUGCAGGAUGUGGGCAAGGUGGAUAGUGGCUGGGAGCCCUCAAAGAACACACUACUUAUGGGCCUUGGGACCCAGGGUGCAGAUAAAAAGAGUGCAGCUUCCAUUGCUUGCUUCCUCGCAGCCAACGGAGCAGACUUAACUAUUCGCAACAAGAAAGGACAAUCUCCACUUGAUCUUUGCCCUGAUCCAAACCUCUGCAAGGCCCUAGCGAAAUGUCACAAAGAGAAAGUCAGUGGACAAGUGGGAUCCCGCAGUCCUUCUAUGAUUAACAACGACACAGAAACAUUGGAAGAAUGCAUGGUGUGUUCAGAUAUGAAACGUGACACGUUAUUUGGACCUUGUGGCCACAUUGCAACGUGUUCUCUUUGUUCACCACGUGUUAAAAAGUGCCUCAUAUGUAAGGACCACGUUCAGUCUCGAACAAAGAUUGAGGAAUGUGUGGUAUGUUCUGAUAAGAAGGCAGCAGUACUUUUUCAGACUUGUGGUCACAUGUGCGCCUGUGAGAAUUGUGCAAGCUUAAUGAAGAAGUGUGUACAGUGCCGUGCUGUGGUGGAGCGAAGGGUGCCUUUCAUCAUGUGUUGUGGUGGAAAAGGUGUAGAAGAUUCCACUGAUGAACUAAGUAGUGGAAACAUUACACCUUUUCAGCGAGAUAAAGACAAUACCAACGUUAAUGCAGAUGUGCAGAAGCUCCAGCAGCAGUUGCAGGACAUCAAGGAACAGACCAUGUGCCCUGUGUGUCUGGAUCGCUUGAAGAACAUGAUCUUCCUUUGCGGACAUGGCACAUGCCAGCUUUGUGGUGAUCGAAUGAGUGAAUGUCCUAUCUGCCGUAAAGCUAUAGAGCGUAGGAUUCUGUUGUAUUAAAUUGAAGAGAGUAUUGCCUGAACGCAACAAAUUCUUACAGCAAUCUAACCUUUAUCAUCUUUGAAAUAAAAUAAUUUUAGGCAGUUGUGUUCUAUUUGUGCUAUGAUGGCUGGAUUACCUUCAAACUGUAAAAUAUUCCCUUAAUUUCCCCUCAGGAUUUUAGGGAAUUGCAACGCAGAGUAAUUUGUAUGGAAGAAAAUUGUUUUCACUGGCAGUCAUCAGAAAGCUUUAUCAUAAAGAUCUUUUGUUUUGGGCAGUGGAUUGCAUUUUGGCUGUAGCAGCUUUUGACAUUUAACUCCUGACCUGUAUGAUUAUGUUCCCAAAGAGGAUGAAAGGCUCAAUAGGUUCAGUCGGGGAAAAAAGAAAGUAAAGUCCUCGUUUAUUGUGCAAAGUAAGAAAAGGUACAGAAAGCAGUGUGUUAAAUAUUUGGGUUGGUAUCUUCAAAAGAACCCUGAAGCACUUGAUACAAAUUCUAAGUGUUUGUUAUUACUAUACAUACAGGGAGAUUUUCUGAUUUUGUUUAAUUUUAAGCUCACAUCUCCAAGUUUGGUCACUUAAACAACCAGAGGAGAAAAGGGUGCACUUGUCCACUAUUCCCAAUAAAUUCAUCCCCUUAAUUUUCUGCAGUGACUUAGCUUCAUACAUCAAUACCUGGAAUAUAAUUCAGACCCUUUCGAAAUGGUCUCGGCACAAGUCAACCACUUAUACACUCAGGCACCAGAUCAUUCCUCAGAGUGAAUUUUAGCAAUCCAUUUGAAAAGCACAUAGAAUUAAUGGAAUACAGAUACCAUUUAAAGAUUUGAGUUUUAAGGUUCAAUUAACCUUUCUCUUAUAUUAAUGAUUUUUUUAAAAGCUGAGUAACACUUCAGCAAAUUAAUGUGAUAUUACAUUUCAUAGUGAGAAAAGCUAUACUAUGUUUAAAAAAAAGCUUUGUAUAUAUCAGGAUUUUUAACAUAAAUCAACUUCCAUUUUAUCAGUUAAAAUUGACUCCCAUAAUAUACAUAGGUGUACGUUAUGUUUCUUCCUGCUGAACAUGUCUUCCCAAAGAAAUCUGAUUGACUGCUAAGAAUCUCCUAUGUCAGGGAACUUUGAAUUAAUUGAUAGUCUAAGUAGGUUUGUAUCUGAAAAAGUAGAUGGAGUUGGAGGAAUUAGUGCAAGGUUGAGAGUGACAUGGGCGAUAUUAGCAUGUGUACUGGUUGGUGUAAGUUGGAAAAUUAGUAGGAAAAUACAUUGGUGUUCUUAGUAACCAUAACUUGAAAGUGGUUGAAAAUUUCAUUUUUAUAAGACCAAGACCUGUGGAGUUUUGGCUUCUUAAAUCUGCAUAUAUCUAUAAAGCCCGUUGAAUUCAUAAGUGUUGUAAUAUGUGUAGUGUCUUAAGUUCACUUUUGUUUCUGGAGAGAAAUCACCCAAGUAUUUUUCCAUCUUCCAAUAUUCUUGUGCAAAUAUAACCAGUUUUCAUAUAUAUUGAUCAACCUAGAGAGGUAUUGCAGCAUUUUGGGCAUUUUUUUCCUGGCUGUGCCAGUGUCCUUUGGUAGCAUAUGGCAGUGAGCAAAUAUAGAUCUUCCCCUAGCCUUGAUUAAGUGCCUAGGCUUUACUCAACAAGUCUACUAGACUGCCUGGUUGAAGUUAGGACUGUGCAGAAUUAUAGUAUGGAUAGUCCCACCACCGCAGUGCAGUAGUAUACUAAAUGACUUACGUCACAAGGUUGCCCAUUUGCAGUCCUUAAUUGUGAACCAUUUUAUCGGUGUAGUCAAUUCACUGGAACACCAUGACUUGAAGAGGGUAAGUUUUAGAAUGUAUUUUGGAGUAUAUUGUACAAUAUUUGAUUCGGGAUGGAAAGUGUGGGUGGUGGUGGCUGGUGGGUUGUUUUGCAUUGUAGGUAUUAUAUAUGACAUUGUAACUGGCUGUUUUAACACAUUGCCAGAGCAGCUGAUUGUUGUCUUAUAUGCCAUAUUGAUUUCUGCCACUAAAGGUUGCUUACACUUUUGUAUAAUUUGCUUAACAGCUGAUGGUUCCAGAAAUCUGGUGUUGCAUGUUAGGCUUCAAGAACCGGGGAUGUAGACUUUGUUUGCACAAGAGCAAUGCGGCUUUUGAGCAUCAAUGCCAAUUUUAAAUCAAAUGGCAGGUGGAUGAGAAAGCAAUGUCCAACUGAGGGUUGUGGAAGUGAAUCAGGAAAAGUGCUGAAGCAGAAUUUUCAACUCGUUACAAUUUAAUAAGCUUAUUAUGUUUAUGUAUAAACAACUUCAUUCUCUGUCUUGUCUGCAUAGAGUGUGCAUCUGAUCCUUUUGCCACUGAUUGGUUAUGGAUCAGAAAGUGCAGUUAAAGAAUUUCUAUCAUUUUCUGUGACUUGUUUUUUUAAAAUCAUACUGGGCUGUCUGAAUCCAUUUUGAAAUCCAAAUUGCAAGUGAAUGCAUUGCAGGUUGCAGAACCUGAAGUUGAGCAUUGUAAUUUCUGAAAUUAGUCUCUACUAUACUACAGCAGCAAAUAUGAAUAUUAAUGUCUGUAUCUUGUGCCUUGUUGAUUAUUAAGUUGAUUUAAUACAGACUUGUAGAUUAUACAGUCUGUAGUAACUAUUUGAGUAUUUAGUAAAUGUAUUAUAUUGUUUUUUCUGAGAUUUCAAUGUUACAAUUGCUUAAACAGUUGUAAAGCAGAAUUUGCUUAGUAUGGUUGUAUUAUAAAAGCUAUCUAAAAUGAUUUGCAUGUACUAUUAAAAUGGCCGAAUAAUUGUCAGUAACUUAACUUCAAGGUUAGCUUUCUAACACUAAUAUCUAAAAUUAAUUUGUGUAAUUCAGAUGAUACAAAAAAGUCAAGAUACAAAAUAAGCUAGUGAAAAGAGCAUAGGAGCUAUACAAUAGCAGCAUUUUUUUAAAAAAAACCUUGUUUUAUUAGUAAAAAAAAGAUUUCAAAAGCCAGUUCUAAACUAAAUUGAUAGCUAUAAAUUAAUAAGCUGAAGAUAGGGAGGCCUUACACUCACUUAAUGAUCGGUCUGCACCUAUUGUUGGCUUAC